UCAGUCGGUAAGUAGCUCCGAAAUUCAAGUGUUGCGCGUCGUUUGCAGCUUACGCAAACAACAAUAAGUGAUAAAUUUUGAAAAUAACGCAAAACAUAGCCAAUGAAGUACAUUGUUCAAGCUUGUUUCCUCGACUCGUAAUAGGCACAAUUAUAUUUGAUGAAGGUUUUUCGUAACAAUUCUUCGAACCGGAUUGUGCCGCCAGCUCUCUCGUUAACCAUUUGCGACCAGUGACGUCACUACUUUUAGUAUGUCCGCGAGAUCGUCAACGUGAUCUUACAGUCUUACCCCGCUCUCUCAUAGAUUUUCUCUUUUAUUUGGACCGCGGAAUCGCCCUUUCCUCUUUCUUCUCACUCGCAAUAAUGAAAAACAAGUGUAUCUUUCGCUGCGCGAUUAGAUAAGAGCAAUAUAGCCGUAUUGAUAUGUUGUCUUUCAUUCUACAACUGCAGGCACUUUGCAUUUGUACACUGUGCACUAAGCUGACAUAGCCUUCAACGGCUUAAAUGUCUCUUGCAUUUGAGGUCUAUAGAGGGUGAGAGUGAAAAUGUUGAGAUUAUGUUGGGUUGUGGUGUUUUCCUGCCUCAUAUGUGGCCUGACAGUGAGUGCAGUAGAAACUAAGCCAAAGGAGAAACAGACGGUAUCAACAGCUGCUGUUGAAGCCAAUGGACCCUUAGCCAACGAUAGAGUAAACGUUGCAAUGGAAGGCCAGCCUUUGGCAAUGGAGAGUGUUACGUCCAAUACUGCUAAGAUAAAUUCCAUAAAAACUAUUGUAAAGAAAGAGAGUAAGACUGUGCCAAGGAAAGGUGUUGUUUUAGACAAAGAUAAAUCAACUGAAAAAACGGAUGAAAAUGAUGCUGUAAAUUUAAAUAUAACAUCGGAGAAGCCAAUAGUGGAAAAAGUAAAUGCAUCUUCUACAAUUCCUGAACCUAAGAAGGAAAUUGUUGCCAAUACAUCCACAACUCUGAGCACUACUGAAAAGUCUACUACUGAACUAUAUGUAGCACCUGUAAGAGAAGCAUUUGAAGAAAAGGCCAACAACACGAUCUCAACGACUAGAAAGCCCAAACCCAAGCCAGAAAGAACAAUUGGUGGAAAUGAAGCCGAUGAGCCAAUUCCAGCAUCUCCAACAAACAAAUCACCACUUGGUAUGCCAAGAAAGAUUGAUUACAUUGUGCCUGUUGUAAUUACAAUUACAGCUCUACCUUUAUUGGGUGUUGCAUUUUACGUUUUGUACAAGAGAGGUCGCGAUUACUGGGAUAAGCGUCAUUAUCGAAGAAUGGACUUUCUCAUUGAUGGAAUGUACAAUGAAUAAGUCGUUAAAUUUUGAUAUAAAUUUACUUUUCAAAUGCAAGCAAUUUUUAUACAAUUUACAUACAUGAUUCAGUGUGCUAGACAAGUUGUUUUUCAUAGAAUCGUGCCAUUGAACAAAGUUUACAGAAUACUUUUAAUCAUAUCAUCUUAACGCUGUAAAUAAUUGAUUAAUUGACUCUAAUUUAGAGAAAAGUGAAAUGCAAUGGAAUCUAAGCUUCAAUGAAGUAUUCCAAAUUCUUUAGAAAAAUAAACAAUGCAAUAAAUCUUUUAAAAAGUAUAAAAAAUUAUUAAUAAAAAUGGUUUUAUGGCGAAACAGAUGUCUAUAAAUGUUAAAAUUUAUUUUUAUACAAUAAAAGUAAAUAGCACAUGCAUUUAAUGUAAUAUACAUAUAUUAUUAAUUUAGUUGAUUAACAGCAAUGCUGUAUGCCUUAAUAAAAUAAAAAAAUUUUAUACGUAUCAAAAAGAUGUUAUCUUACUUGGUGAUCAUUUGUAAUGUUCGAUCAUUAAUCUUAAGAGAUGUAUAAAAUAUAAAUUUUAGAAAUUUCUUAAUUAGCAAUCUCAAAUUAUCAAGAUUAAAAAACGUGGAUUAUCAAAUUUUGUAAAAAAAAAUAUAUAUAUAUAUAACUUUGUUAAUGAAGAUAAUAAAUAAAACGUAAUAUCAAU